CAGGAGGAGCAGGAUGAGUUCGAGGGGCUGCUGGAGGAGGAGCUGGAGCUGGAGCUAGCUAAGAUGAAAGUGGAAGACCCGCUGCAGAAGGCUCAGGCUGUGCAGACCGACAGCACGACAGAGGAGACGGCUGUCAACACGGAGCCGGACUGGGAGAGCCUGGUGUCGGCCAUGUUGGAUCACAGCACCAUCCUGUCGGAGCAGUACAAGAGCCUGAUGAAGAAGCAGGGCGAGGAGGAGGUGGCACACGAGAAACACAAACUACAACUGCUGAAGAAGAAGGAGGAGGCCACCCAGCAGCACCAGACUCUUCUGGACAAACUGGAGUCUCUGCGAGUCAAACUGCAGCUGAACAACUCUAAAGCCGCCAGGAAGAACUUCUUAUCCAAAAAACAAGAGAUGACGUCAGAGAAGAACCGAGCGGAGGACGACAGGAACAGGCUGGCCAAGGAGCUGGAGGAGAGCGAGAGGAAGCUGACGGCGCUGACGGAGGAGCAGAGCGAGGAGCAGCGGAGGUGGCAGGUGGAGCUGGAGGAGCUGAGGCAGGAGAUGGAGCGGGUGAGGAAGGAGGCGCAGGAGGUGGAGCUGCAGGCCUUAAAGGACGAGAUCGCCGCCGUGGAGAAGCAGAGGGACGUCGCCAUGACUCGCAUCGAGGCGUGGCUCAGAGAGGUGGAGCAGUACCUGAACACCCUCAGGGUGGAGUUCCCUCAGCAGUUCCCUCACGAGAGGCAGAAGUGGGAGAAGAAGGAAGGCGUGGUCCGGAGGAACCAGGCCGAGCUCCAGAGCCGCUUCAAGGAGGUUCUGCAGCAGCUGCGGCAGGGUUGCGAGUUAGAGUCCCUCCCCAGGAUCAACGUGCCGUCUCUGCCGCAGGUCCCCGUGGCCGACCUGAGGUUCAACCAGGUGAUGCAGUCGCUGGCUCAUCCACAGUUCAUGCCCCCUCCCAACCCGGUGCCCCGCCCCCUCCCUCCACAGAGACACCCGCACUAUUACCAGGAACAGUACCACCGCCCCCAGUACCGCCAGCGCUACCCCCACCCACGACACCACCCACCCCCCGAACAUUACUUCCAGCCCUCCCCUCCCCCGCAGCACCAGUUGCAGACGCCCCAGCCUCAGUUCCAGCCCCACAUCAGAGCACCAGUGAGGGUGACCCCCCCUCUCAGUCUCUCCCCCUCCCCCCCUGUUCAACCUCUCCACCCUGUGGUUCCUUCCCCACCUCCCCCCGCUGCUGCCGCCGCCACCUCUGCCCCCGCUGGCAAACUAGACAAAGUCCUGGAGAAGCUCGGGGCUCGGUUCCCACAAUGCAACAGGGCCCAGCUGACGUCGCUGCUGCAGCAGGUGAAGAGCUCGCGCGGCACCUUGGCCGGCAUGUCCAUGGAGGAGGUCAUCGAGCAGGUCGGCUUCAAGCUGGCUCAGAACGAGAGGCUGGCCCCGGGGCCCAUCAGCCGGCCCAUGCCCCCGGGUCCCAUCCAGAGGCCGACCCCUCCCCCGCAGAGAGCUUCGCCUGGCGGAGGUCAGGGCGGCGGGGUCCGUAAACUGUGCCUGAUGUGCCAGAACCUGGUGGAUCCGGAGAGCCGCCACCCGCUGAGCUGCGCCCACACCAUCCACAAAGACUGCAUCCGCAUGUGGCUGCAGUCCAGCAAGAACAACUCCUGCCCCUUCUGCCCGGGGCAGUGACGGAGGAGACCAGGUGGUGAACCAGGUAUCACUCCGCUGGAUGUGUCGGGACAGGUGCAGGUGGCGCCCCCUGCUGGCUAAUAACAACAGCAACUCCAACCUGAACAACCAUCAACCCUGUGUCUCCAGAAACAACGCCCCUACAGCGGCACCCGUACCGGACCUUGGUUGUCAUGGUCACAUGGCUCGGUUAGGUUUAAGAAAAAGUCGUGAUUAAAAUAAGAACUUCCUCAACAUCACACUGCCGCCGUUGUCAUGGUUACGAUAUAAACAGAUGGUUUCACAUGGGAAUCGAACACUGCUCUCCUGUGUCCUGGUGACCCAUCCAUCCACCACAACGUCAUGAGAGAGCAUGCUAGCAACAUGCUAAUGCUAGCACGUGCUACAUGGUGCCAGGUAUCUUUUGAAAUGUUUCAGUUCUUUAAGUUUGACUCACGGAAACAUGAUGUACUGGUUCAUUAUGUCUGUAAAACACUUUGUGCUGCUGUAAGGAAGGUGCUUUAUAAAUAAAGUUUGUUUGAAUUAUA